CUCUCUCUCUCUCUCUCUCUCUCUCUCUCUCUCUCUCACAUUAAUUCCAAGUCGUCGUCUUCUUGUUCUUGUUCUUGUACUCCAUGUUUUCUAGAAGGCAAAGUCCUCCGAGUCCUCCAUGGACUGAUGACGAGAAGGAGAAACACUACUAUUACUCCAACAACAAAGACACCCACUUUAACAAUCCCCACCUCCGAUUUGGUGCCUUGGUUUUUGUCUUUCUCUCUCUUUGGCUUCUUCUCCUCCUCAUUUGGUUCCCUACCAAAACCACACCCAUUGUUGAGCUUGAUGUUGAUCUUGUCCAAAAACCACAGCAGCAACAAAAUGUCCACCACCAUCUCAUUCACAAAACCCAAAAUCCUAACCGCAUCAAUACUAGUACUACCGCCAUCGCCGCCGCCACCACCACCACAAAAUCCCCAUUUACGGUUCCUACUUGCUACCCAAGCGUCUCGGUGUACGUAUACCCUUUGCCGGCCAAGUUCAACCUCGGACUACUGGACAAUUGUCACAUUCUAAACGUGUACACCAACAUGUGUCCCCAUGUGGCGAACCGCGGCCUUGGCCAGCCGUAUCCCCAAUUGGGCUCCGCCGCCUCCUGGUUCGCCACCCACCAGUUCAUUGCCGAGAUGAUCUUCCACGCUCGCGUGGAGAAUCACCGCUGCCGCACUCUUGAUCCCGCACGUGCCAACCUCUUCUACGUCCCCUUCUACGGCGGCCUCCACGCCUCCGGCAAUUUCAAGGAAGCCAACCUCACCGCCCGUGACGAGCUCGCCGUUGACUUGGUCGAUUACGUUCAGUCCCAGCCUUGGUGGAAGAGGCACAACGGUAGGGACCACUUUAUCGCCCUGGGGAGGACCGCGUGGGAUUUCAUGAGGGCCGCCGAUGGUCCUGAUUUCGGGGCCAACUCCCUCCUCAACUUACCUGCCGUCAAAAACAUGUCGGUGCUGACUGUGGAGAGGCAUCCUUGGCAAGGUUCAAACCAACACGGCUUGCCCUACCCUUCAUAUUUCCACCCGUCCACUUGGCAGGAGAUGGUGGCAUGGCAGAACAAAGUGAGGGAAAUGGAGCGACCCCACUUGUUUUCUUUCAUCGGUGGCCCCCGAAAGGGAUUAGAAAAAGCAGCCGUUCGGAACGAGUUCAUACGGCAAUGCGGCGAGUCAACUCGGUGCAUGCUCUUAAAAUGUGGCUCUGGGGCUAGCAAAUGCCACGAGCCGAGCGAGGUGCUGAAGGUAAUGUCCGAGUCGCAGUUUUGCUUGCAAGCACCUGGUGAUUCGUUCACUCGGCGGUCGACGUUUGACUCGGUGCUCGCUGGCUGCAUACCGGUGUUCUCCUCGCCGCACACGGCGUACACUCAGUACAAGUGGUUUUUACCUGGUGACGGGAGCACGUACUCGGUUUACAUUGACGAGAAAAGUGACGCGAGUAAGAGAAUCGAAGGGGAGCUGCUGAAGAUUCCGAGCGAAAAGGUGACGGCGAUGCGGGAAAAGCUCAUAGAAUUGAUCCCAAGUCUCACUUACGCGCAUCCGAAUGCGACUAAUCUUGGGUUUGGGGACGCCGUGGACGUUGCACUUGCAUCGUUGGCCAAGCACAUCCACACAAUGAUAUGAUUAAUUAAUUAAUUAGAUAUUGGAUGGUGAGAGGUGGAUUUUGAUGUGUAUUAACCAUUACCAUUGAGAGAGACCCUGCCGACAGUCUCAUGUGUUUAUUGAGUGUUUGUCCAAUAAAAAAAAAAAACGUCUUUGACUUAUAAAAUUAGAAUUCAGAUUAAUGUGGUUUGUGCAGCUGAGAUGUUUGAAGAUGCACUAAUAACAUGUCAAAUUAUGCUCCA